CCGCGGCGGGCCGCUCGAUGGGAAGAUGCAGCGGGCGAGCGGCGGGGCGCUGGGGCCGGGCGCCGGGGGGUUGGGGCCGGGUCCGGGUCCGGGUCGCGCGCUGCUGAGGCGGGAGCUGCGUCUGCUGGAGUCCAUCUUCCACCGCGGCCACGAGCGCUUCCGCAUCGCCCGCGCCUGCCCCGACGAGCUGGGCUGCGAGUUCCUGCCGGGGCCCGGCGGAGGGGGGGCCGUCCGUAUCCAUGGCAACAUCACGGAGUCCUAUCCAGCGGUCCCCCCAAUAUGGUCUGUGGAAUCAGAUGACCCCAAUUUGGCAGCGAUCCUGGAGAGACUAGCAGAUGUGAAGAAAGGAAACACCCUGCUCCUGCAGCACCUGAAGCGGAUCAUUUCAGACCUCUGCAAACUCUACAACCUUCCACAACAUCCGGAUGUCGAGAUGCUGGACCAGCCUCUGCCUGCAGAGCAGAGCACCCAAGAAGAAGUUUCCUCUGAAGAAGAAGAUGAGGAAAUGCCAGAGGAUACAGAAGAGCUGGACCACUAUGAGAUGAAGGAAGAAGAGCCAGCAGAAGCAAAGAAAGCUGAGGAUGAUGGCAUCGGCAAAGAGAACCUGGCCAUCCUUGAGAAAAUAAAAAAGAACCAGAGGCAAGAUUACUUAAAUGGGGCAGUGUCUGGGUCCGUGCAGGCCACUGACCGGCUGAUGAAGGAGCUCAGGGAUAUUUACCGAUCAGCAAGUUUCAAAGGUGGAAACUAUGCAGUUGAACUAGUGAAUGACAGCCUGUACGACUGGAAUGUCAAACUCCUGAAGGUGGACGAGGACAGCGCCUUGCACAGUGAUCUACAAAUCCUCAAGGAGAAAGAGGGGACUGACUUCAUUCUUCUCAACUUCACCUUUAAGGACAACUUUCCCUUUGACCCUCCAUUCGUAAGAGUUGUCUCUCCUGUGCUGUCAGGAGGGUAUGUCCUGGGUGGAGGAGCCAUUUGCAUGGAGCUUCUAACAAAGCAGGGCUGGAGCAGCGCUUACUCAGUAGAGUCUGUGAUCAUGCAGAUCAGUGCCACAUUGGUGAAAGGCAAAGCCAGAGUCCAGUUUGGCGCCAACAAAAACCAGUACAGCUUGACAAGAGCCCAGCAGUCCUACAAGUCCCUGGUGCAGAUCCAUGAGAAGAACGGAUGGUACACGCCACCCAAAGAAGACGGCUAGCAUGGAAAUGCCUGAGCAGGAGCCACAGACCAAUCCAGACUUUCCUGCCGAACGCUGUUUUUGGAUCACGAAAGGAAGCCUCUUCCUCCUCCAGGACAGGACUCCAAAUCCCGCUUUGUGAGACUUAUGUCAAGCAUCUCUGACAAGACUUUGACGGGAUUAUUAAAACUUUUGUGCGAGCAGCUGGGCCUUGAGCUCCUGGCCUCCUCGCUUGGACCCAUGCUGGCAGGCGACUGGCCGUCACUCUUAUUAAAAACCACACACACCACACACACAAAAAAACAAAACCCAAAAAACUCAAUUCUCUCUUGUAUCGCUGGAAGCUUCCGGCUCCGCUGCAGUCUUAGAGCACCUCCGCCUCUCCCUCUGCUACGGAUUUAAUUUAUUUUCUUAUUUUCAUGUACACUGCUUUUUUUUCUCCUUUUUUUGGUUACAGUGUAUGAUGGAUGUGUAUGGGGGAAAAUGUAUCUUUGGAGAAUAAUUACAUUUGUUAAUUUGAA